AUGAACCACAUGAGCCAGGGGCAGGGCCAGGGCCAAGGCAGAGGUCGAGGCCGGGGAGGUCAUCGGGGGGUCGACCGGAGAAACUCGUCGCGUGGCCAAAACGGUCGUGGUGGUCCUCACAACCACCAGCAGAACCAGAACCAAUCGCAACCCCAAGCUCAAAUGCCGAACCAAGCCCAAGCCCAGAACCAAAACCAGCCUCCCGCUUCGCGAAGGCCCAGCUCCUUCUCCUCUCAGCCGACACCGCAGCCCUCCCCAGCACCUCGAGGGGCGCCUAAUCCCCCUCCAGUGGCCAAACCACCGCCGCCUGCCUUCUCGCGGCCUCCGCCUGCUUCACCUCCACCAACUAAUGCACCUCCAUCCGAACCUACACCAGAAACCGCCCCUCCUACAGGAUCAAAGUAUCACUAUGAUAAUCUCACAGAGGAAAAGAUCCGGUCAUGGGCUGAACGAGGGCGAGAAGAGAUUGUUCGGCAUGGUGUGCAGUCGCGAGAAGACGUCGACAUCACGGAACUGUCCAGCUUGUUCCAAGAGUUCAUCUAUGCGGUUGUCGAGAACAGGCUGGACGCCACAGAUGCUGGAACAUGUGUCAAGGAGAUCUUGGGAGACGAGACGACAGAGGUUACUAAGGAUUUCUACGUCGCUCCUCAUACGCUGCUCCUCGAUUCGCUGGCCAUCGUCAUGGAUAACGAACCCGACUUAUAUCGCCCGGCUCUUCGCAACUUCCUGAUGGCCACCGAAGUCUCUCCCGCGCUGAUGCGACAAGUACUUGAUGCGCCUAUACUUCAGCAGCUUGGCCUCAUCAGGGACACCUUUGCUAGACUUGGUGUCAGACAGGCGACAAACCUGCUAUACCGCCAGGCAAACUAUAACCUUUUGCGGGAGGAGACGGAAGGAUACUCCAAGCUCGUCACAGAAAUCUUCACCACCAGCAGCAUACCGUCGCCCUCGCCGGAUCUUGCAGAACAAACCUUUGAGAGGGUCAAGGCUCUGAUUGGAACGUUUGACCUGGACGUUGGGCGAGUACUUGACGUCACUCUCGACGUUGCUGCCGCCGUCCUGAUUAAGCAAUUCAAGUUCUUCGUCAAGUUCCUGCGAAUCAGUUCUUGGUGGCCGCGCUCGCAUCUUAUCCUCAGCUCUUCGGCCCCUGCCAUCGGCGGCCUGCCAACCUGGGCUCAGCCGGAUUAUCCCCAUUGGAACACGACCGCAGAAGACGAAGAGAUCAAUGCCCAGCACAGACUUGCCCGAGACGUUGCUUUCUGGGCCCGAGCACGGGAAGUGCAUUUGGCAGCAUUUUUCGAACUCGGAGGUCGGGAAGCAUCCAACUUGACGGCCUAUCGACCGAAGCUCGCCAACGGCAACUCGAGUGAACUACCCGCCGAGUUUGAGCAGCAAUGGAUCGAAGUCACCAAGACUCUUCCCCCACCAGGCAACAAGGUUGCCGCGCAGCUCCUGGGAUUCAAGCUGCUUUUCUACUACAGCGAUCUACGAGACCCGACCGAUGUUCUCCCCGCCAACCUGCUCUACUUGGCGGCUCUCCUCAUCAAAGUCGGCUUCAUCUCUCUCAUCGACCUCUACCCUCACCUUUCCCCUCCUGAUGAACAGAUGGAGCGCGUUCGCGAGGAGCAGAUGAAGGUCCUCGAAAAGGAAGAGAGGGCAUCGCGGGGCGGCCCUAUGAAUGCGCUGCUCAUGGCCGGCGUUCUCCCCCAGGGCGACGACGAUAACCCCGUGUCUUCCAACGUCCCCAGACGAGAACUACCGAAGAAGGUAGAACCCGAGCAGAAGCCAGCCUCCACAGACGCGGCCGAGGACAAGAAGCCUCUUCCGGAGCCCAUGGAGCAGAAAGUCAGGCUACUCGACCAGCUUCUCACCAUUGGCGCCAUUCCAGAGUCAUUGUUCAUUCUCGGAAAAUUCCCGUGGAUUCCUGAGACGUUCCCAGACAUCCUUUCCCGAAUCCACCGCAUAUUACAUGUCUCCAUGGAAAAAGUCUUUAGCGACAGUCGCCCAAAGCCUGCUGGUGCUGCUGGCGCCGAAUGUCCACCCAAGGAAAUAUUCUCUACGGACCAAACGGGUGUCGCCAAGGGAAGUGUCCGGCUCGUCAAGCCUCCGGUCAAAAAGAUCUGGCGAUGGCCCUAUCCUGACAAGUUUGACACCAAUGAAAGCCAGAAUUAUCGAUUCUACUGGGACGAAUGGGCUGAUAACAUCCCCGUUUGUCAAACCGUGGACGACAUCUUUACCCUGUGCAACACUUUCCUCAACAUCUCCGGCGUCAACAUUGGCAAAGACGAAACUCUGCUCUCCAAGCUGGCCAGUAUCGGAGCAAAAAGCUUGAGCGAGGACACCUCCGAGUCGAAUUAUGCUCGCUGGCAUGACCUCCUGCGCAGACUCCUCGUGCCGGCUCUGAGCCACACCAAGGCCAACGUCGCAGUGGUCAACGCAGUUUGGGAGUUACUCCGCCGAUACCCGCUGACAACACGAUAUUCGAUAUACGCGGAGUGGUUUGAGGGACAGAUAUCUCGUCUGCCCGCCAUGCGAUCAGCGUUUGCCCGUGCAACUGCAGAAACGCGGGGAACCAUGAAGCGAUUAUCGCUCACCAACAUCAGCGAGAUGGCCAAGCAGCUGGCCAAGACCAGUUAUUCCUCUCCUGGUGUCGUGUUCCGAGUGGCUUUCGAGCAGCUCGAGUCUUACCCCAACCUGAUUGAAGGCUUUGUCGAAUGCGCCAAAUACUUUACCGACCUCUCCUACGAUGUUCUGGUCUGGUCUCUGAUGAACUCCCUUGGCAAGUCUCGAAGCCGCACUCAGGCCGACCAUGCACUCACUACAAGCAAGUGGCUUCAGGCCCUUUCGAGAUUCUCUGGCAAAAUCUUCAAACGCUACUCGGCCAUCAAUCCUAUUCCAGUUCUCCAAUACGUCAAUGACCAGCUCCAGCGCGGCAACUCCACUGAUUUGAUCAUCUUGAAGGAGUUUGUCAACUCCAUGGGCGGCAUUGUCGACUCUGUGGACUUCAACGACGCCCAGAUUCUGUCCAUGGCUGGCGGAGAACGACUACGGCGUCAAACGCUGAUUCGUGGUCAGGAUAAACGCUUCGACAGCGUUAGGAGCUCGAAGCGACUCAUCCAGGCACUCACAGACUCGAAACUUGCCGCCCGGCUACUCCUCAACCUCGCGCAGUAUCGCCAGUCAGCGAUAUACAAGGUCCCCGAAGACGAAGCGCACAUCAAGUACUUGUCGGCCCUGGUAGAUGAUUCUCAUCAGAUACUGGUGUUAUAUCUCGACUUCAUCUGGAGCAACCUGGAGCCUUCAGCAUUCGACGCUUUGGUCCCCUCAAUCAAUGAGCUGAUCAGUUCUUAUGGAUUGGACACGAGCAUCGCUUUCUUGAUUGGACGACCCAGCCUUUCCCACCGAUUGUUUCCUUGGGGUCAGAAAGAGGCAGAACCCGCCGCGAAAGACAACACUCAGUCUACGCAACCGGAAGCUACUGACAAGGAGGGAGAUGUAUCCAUGAGCGAUGAACCCAAGGAUAAGUCGGGUGUGGUGGCUGCUUCCACAAACGAUGAGCAGAAACCUGACGAUUCGACAUUGACACUCGCGCCUCUGCAGCCCAUUGUCGAGGUGCUGAAAGAGACCGUGCGACCCGAGGUCUGGCAAAAGGUCAACCCCGAACUCUAUGCUGUCUUCUGGGCGCUGCAGCUCGGCGAUUUGUAUUGCCCUGAGGAAAUGUACAAGGAAGAAAAAGACCGACUCGAGAGCGAAGGUCAAGCCAUCCUCCGGGAUCGAUCGGACAUGUCCCGCAGAGGCCAAGAGCGAAAGAAUGAAAAGAGACAGGAACUCUUGAAACAGCAGCUCAGCCUCUCCAUGGAGCUCAAGGAACACCGCCAGCGGAGAAACAAAUGGAUGGAGUGCCUAGCCGAGCAGGUCCAAUCGCUAUGUCCCGACCCCAAGGUCAAGCCCGAUAGCCUUUCCGACACCCUGCUGGAGCAAUGCUUCCUCCCAAGGGCCCUCUUGUCCCCGGCAGACGCCGAGUAUACCUACAAGUUCAUCAUCAUGCUGCAUGAAUCGAGAGCGCCCAACUUCAAGCUCAUGUCCCUCUAUGACCGACUCUUCAACGCCAACCGGCUGCGGUCUCUCAUCUUUACCAGCUCUGUCAGGGAGGCUGAGUACCUCGGCCGUUUCAUCAAGCUGAUACUCCGAGACCUCUCCAGGUGGCACAAGAAUGAGCCGACGGAGAAGGGCAGACCGAGCAAGGACCAGCCACGCCUGGGCGCGUACGACAAGGAAGGCAAGGGGCCUAGUGAUCGGCCAUAUCUCGGAUUCGCUGUCAGUCUCAAGGAGGACGGAGAACCGGAUACUUUGAUGGAGCAUGCUCAGUUCAAAGAUCUCCUGUUCCGCUGGCAUAAGAACUUGAAUACAGCGCUCAAGAGUUGCUUGGCUGGCACGGAGUGGAUGCACAUCAGGAACGCUCUGACCGUUCUCAAGGCUGUCUUGGAUUACUUCCCUGCCAUUGACUUCAUGGCCACCCAGUUCACGGCACAGCUUCAAAAGAUCAGCAAGCAAGAAGCCGCAUCCAAGACAGCAGCUGAGAAUGAGGAGGGCCACAGAGUGGACUUGUCUGUGGCAGCCCAAGGAGCCAUGUCGGAGCUGCAAAAGCGAAAGUCGAAAUGGGUUAUGGUCCAGGCUUUCCGACCCAACGCAGCCGGCGCUCCUCAAUCCGAAGCCGAUAAACCGGCCGCAUCGAAUCUACGUGCCACGGCUACGGAUUUUCAGCCACAGACCACGAGAUCACCUGCUAACAGACCACCCACGGCCGAAAGAGAGGAUGCUUCUGCCACGUCAAAGGACACCUUGCCUGUCAAGCCGUCCGAUGGGCCUCCUCGCUCAUCAACUCCCAUGGGCGGUCAAGGCUCAGGCCCCCAUGGCCCCAGAAAUGACACUCGCCCCCACACUCUUCCCGAUAGGCCAGCGCACAAUCUUCCCACGCGGCCAGAUAACCGAGGACAUGACCGUCGCGACGUGAGGGACGGCAGAGACAGCCACAGGCUGCGUGAUAGCCGAGAUCCGCGAGAGUCAUGGGAGAGUCGUGACCCUAGGGAGGGCAAAGACCAUCGUGACACGAGGGAUCCCCGUGAGUCCCGGGCUAUGGAGGUGGAUAGACCUGAUCGCUCUCGCGAAUACCUGGACCGCCGUGGAAACGACAUGGCGCCUCGCGACGCUGGCUCGACGGACCUGCCGCCUCGCCCGAGACAACAGGAACGAGAACCCCAGGACCGGUUGAGCGAUAUGCCUUCCCAGACGCCUUCGGCUCCUUCCGGCCCUGCUGAUGCAUCCGAGCCAGCCAUGAACCCCCAGAGGGCGGCACUGUUUGCCCAGGAUGACGGGGACCGGCCGCGACGAGGUCCGGAGCCGGAACGAGGAGCCCGCGGUCGACGACCCGGGCCGCAAGAGUCGAUGGAGUCGAUCAACCCUGAGCGCGCUGCAUUGAUUGAUGACCGCGAUGAUAGAGGGCCUAGGGCGCAGUCUCCUCGGCGUAGUGGCGGACGAUAUGGGCACGAGCAUGGACCGCCGUCUGACGUUAUGCGUCCUCCUACUGGAAGAACUGCCCGCGACCGCUCACCACCCGGCGGAGAGAGUUAUCGCGGCACACACAUGGACAAGAUGCGAGAUGCCUCUUCUUCCUCUGCAGGCUUCCACAGAUCAGCGCUCGGACAGGAGGUUGAGCACAGGCCGCCCUACCAAGAUCAAAACUACGGGCAUAUCCCUCUGGGUCCGCGGGGACGAGGCCGAGGCGCAACAAGAAACAACCCCCCGGGGCCGUCGCCCGUGAUGCCGAACCGGCCCGACAGUCGAUACGGAGUUUCCGAGGCGCCUCGACCACCCUCGCAAGAAAGGCAUCCACCUUCAGGCCCUGCAUCUGGGCGUGGUCGCCGUGGUUACGAGCCCGGCAGUAACAGCACUGGGCCAGCAGCUCCCUCCGGCGCUCCAGGUGGACCACAUCCCGAUAGAAUGAGGAACUUUGGCGGCGGCGGCGCGCAGGAGAACCCGUCUGCUGGCCAAGGCGGCAGCACAGCGGCAUCGGCUGGAGUGCACCCCGAUCGACUUGCUCAGAUGGGCGGUCCUGGAUCCAACGCUCCGCCUCCGCCUCCUCCACCCCCGGGGCCUCCGCCAUAUGGGCAUGGCAACGGACCUGUGCGCCACUCCAUGUCCUCUGGCAACGCAGAGCGGCCGGGGCCUAGGUCGUCUGCAGGCUCUCUCCCGUUGGAGCCUGCUGUGCCUACUGGCCCCGCUUCUGCUGGCGACAGGUCGUCGAGAUCGGGUGGUGGGAGAAGACAGCUGGCAGGCAUCAACAACAUGCUUCAGCAGGCUCAAGCGGCCAUGCCGAAUGAAGGACGCCCCAGCGGUCCUCGCGUCAACCCUCCCAGACAGAUGCUCGGCCACUCAGACGCUCAAGUAUUGGCGGGAGGAGACAUGACGCCGUCUGCGCCGGACCGUCCAGAUGCGCAGUGGCAUGAUUCUUCGGCCCGGAGCGGGCCCCCGCCGAACGGAGAAGAUGGAUCAGGACGUGGGGAGCACGACCGAAGCCGAAGAGAUCGCGGUGACGGCCGGAACGACCGGUCCAAGCGGUCCUCGCGCCGAAGCAGCCGAGAGCGAGAGAGAGACGGCAAGGAACAUGGCGAGCACCGGGAUCGACGAUCGGUGGCCGGUGGUGUGGAGGGCGCGGCCCGAGAGGAUAGAGAUGCUCGCAGGUUGGCCCGAGACGGCAGUUCUAGAGACGCACCAGCAGCGCCGAGCAGCGGCCGAGAGUCACGGCACAGAGGCGAGGGAGGAGGAAUGGGAGCCCGGGGUGGGGACGAGCGCAGCGGCAACAGGACCAGCCGAGGAACGACGAGAGACGGAACACAACGCACGGAGGAGCAGCGGAGGGAGCAUAGAGAUGACCGAGGGCGCAAGAGAAGAGGCGAAGAAGCCGACGGAGCCUUGUCAAGCGAUCGUGAGAAGCGAGCACGACGGUAAUCCGGAGUCUGCGGAACGGAAGCGACAAACCAAACAGCAGAUGGCUUGCUUGAAAAAGACUAGGUAGCCCGGAGAAGCCAGGGAGGUCAGACAUUGUUGGUACGACCGGCCUAGGAUGGGAGCUUUCGCCCUUUUUUAUUACCAACGCUGCGGUCGAUUUCAGAAAUUGUCAGAUACGGAGCUACUACAUGUUUCUUUAACGCUUGUCUUAUUACAAUCUAUUCUUUGUCUUUUU